GUGAACCCUGCUCACUGCUCAGUCACAUCCUCCGCCUUGUUAGGGAAGCGUCACCCUCCUUUGUACUCGUCGUUUAUCUGCACGUCACCUUCGUUCUCUGUAAACCUGUUGCAGUAUCAGUACCUGCUCUCAGUGAUAACCGAGUAGCGCAGUGUGGUGGUGUCAGUGUGCUGUGAGCAGCUGUUUAGGUGCUGACGUGUUUAUCGUUGAUAUCGUGGCUGGGGAAAUUUCCCUAGUGAAUGUGUGCACCAGUGUUUACCGUGAGCCUUACACGUCUUAUUUGUCAGUGGUUUGGAUCUUUCUGUAGUGUUUGCUCCACUGCAUUAUUGUAUCACCUUAAUCGAACAUUCGUCUUUAUUAAAUAGAGCUGUAUUGCUGUAGUGUCUGCAGUCAUACCAUGGAAUUCUCGACGUCUCCUUUAUCUGCAAUGUAAAGGUGAUUGGGGAUAUUUCUCCACAUCCGGGGAGACACCAUACAUACUGCCUGGCAGGACCCGCAUGUGACAGCCACGAUGUCGUUCCCGAGCGGUGCGUGCCUCCCUCCCUUCCCACCACAAUCCUACCGCCAGUCCAAAACGUCCACUGUCGACGACCAGUCAGACUCGGAUGACACUUUCUUUGUGCCGCGGCCACGGCGGCUAGCGUGUCAGGGGCAGCUGCCCUCCACGAGUCCCCCACGAAGCAACGGCAUGGUGCUCAUUUCUACCACUUCUAGAAACUUGGGUGACGAGUUCUGCGAUGUCAGUCUCGAAAACGCCGGUGAUGUGAAAGGCACCGCUGUAAGUUAUGGCAUCAAGAGUGAGAACAGUAAUGUCAGAAAAAACCUCCGACAGAUAGCGAAUAAGAUAAGGUCAGGCUCAAAAGAGCAUACGGCGGACGCCAUCCGACCCAGGUGCCCGCCAAAUCCCUCUAGGAUAAGGGGCACCUGUGGUCAGAUGAUUGACCUUCCACCUUUCGAAGCUUUCGGAGGUCGUGAGCCAGACUGUGCCUGCGGGAACGUGUGCAAUGAGCGAGGAUUCCCGUGUAGAACUGUAUGCUGCCCAGAGAAAAAACCUCCACAGCAGCCGCCCCACGGCUCUGCUUCGCCGCCAUCAGGGUAUAGCACCCUCUCAAGUCUGAUGCGAGCAGCAGACGACGUUACUUACGGUGAUUCCGACACUGCUACGGCCGGGAGCGACAACGGCACGCAUUAUUCAGCAAGAAGGCGACGUGUCAGUAGCAGCAUCGGAUCAGUCAGCACGGAGCGCUCUGAAGGGGAGAACAAACUAGGAGGAGAAAAUGAAGCAGAGAUAAAACCAGGAACAUGGAGGGACGAAGAAAGCCUUCGCAAACCGUCCCUAGUAGAUGGGUUGCUGCUGUCCAUCUACCGCAACCACCAACGCUACUGCAGCAGCAGCCUCGGGGAGUCAGACACCAUGACGGAGCACUCCACCACUUCAGAGCCCGCCGUCACCCGCUACCGACGCUGCAUCCCAUCCUCCGCCACCUCCUCCUCCUCCAGGGUGGUUCUGCGCAGGUUCAGACUCCAAAGCAAGCACGUGGCAGAGUUGAAGCUGCUGGUGUCGUCGCUGGAGGCUUCCUUGUCUGGCCAGUGUGCCUUGCUGGUGCGGGAACUCAAGAAGAGGGACAAACUGCGGCACAGGCGGGAUCAGCGGAACGAUGUGGUCACCGCCGUCCUGCACGCACUCUCCCAGAAGCGAAGCCAGGACACCAGGAUCCGCUUCUCCGUGGCGCCGCUGCCCGACUCUGGCUUCAGGCAGUGGCACGACGCCAUGAUGAUGUGUGCCAGGCUACCAGGGGGCAUCCCGCAGGAGUUUCGACGGCGGCUGUGGUUGACGCUGGCCGAGAAGCACCUGCAGGCGAGGGGCGUGAGCUGGCCGCACGCCGAGAGCUUCUGCUUCAACGAAUGGUCCAACCCUGACGACGACGAGCUGGGCGAUCAGAUUGUUAAGGAUCUCCAUCGUACCGGCUGCUCCCUGUUCUGCGGUGAGGAGGCAGAGGACAACCAGGCGAUGCUGAAGCGGGUCCUCUUGGCCUUCGCGCGCUGGAACAAAGGCGUCGGUUACUGUCAGGGCUUCAAUAUGCUUGCCGCUAUCAUUCUGGAAGUGAUGGAACGCCAAGAAUCUGAUGCACUGAAGGUCAUGAUCUACCUCAUCGAGGGUGUCCUGCCGGAGUCCUACUUUGCUAACAACCUGCGCGGUCUCAGCGUCGACAUGGCCGUCUUCCGAGACCUUCUGCGCCUCCACCUGCCUCACCUGUCCCGCCACCUGGAACACCUGCAGCACGACGCCGCCGACCUGACCACAGGAACCAUUUACGAGCCGCCGCUGACCAACGUGUUCACGAUGCAGUGGUUCCUGACGCUGUUCAGUAACUGUCUGCCGCGGGACACUGUGAUGCGGGUGUGGGACCUCACCUUCCUGCAGGGCAACGAGGUGCUGCUCCGCACGGCACUCGCCAUCUGGGACGGCCUGGCAAGGCGUAUCCUGGAAGUACAUUCGGCGGACGAGUUCUACACUGUGAUGGGUUUGCUGACGCGAGAAAUGCUGAGUACGGGCCUGAUGGACGCCAACAAGCUGGUGCAGACAGUGGUAGGCAUGGCACCCUUCCCCUUCCCUGGCCUGGCUGAUCUGCGGGACAAGUACACCUACAACAUUACACCUUGGACACAAUCAGUGUCGUCUGUGGCCAAGCGGGGACUUCGACUCUUCUAUUCUGACGACGACGAUGAUGAGAAUGAUGAGGACAACCAGACCAUUGCUGUUGCCACUGCUUUUGGUCUGUCUGGCAUCUUCAGGAAGACUGCUGAAAUUAACCGUGGUUCAUCGCCUGUUGGGGGAGUUGGCCCUAUCAUGUCCCCAGCUGGUGGUUUCCCUGCUGUGUCCACCCCACCCCCUCGUGUUGCCCAUGAAGGAAGGGAAAUCUCUCGCCCCAACCUGGACAUCUCUGCUCUCAAGAAGCAAUAUGCCCGCCUCAGAGAGAGACAGAAGCAGGCUCACAUCAUCCUUACAGCUUCCCAGCAGCGGGUGAGCUCCACCCUAGGCAGUGCAGGAAUGGUUGGCACAGGUGGCAGUGGACAGCGGGGCACACCACUUACCAUGAACCAUCUACUGCGAGGCAAGAAAGCAUUAACCUCCAAAACCAAACGAGUGGUGCCACAGGGUGUUAUUCCUGUUAUGAAGCCCAAAAAGAAAGUUGAACGUAAGCUGAGUGAUUCAAGCAGUAAUCGGCCAGUGCCUCAGCAGCCGUCAAAGCAGCAUAUGUCAAGCCAAGGCAUCCCCCCUCAUGCCCACUACCAAACCCUGAAAUGCCCUCCUAUCUCAGAAGGACCGAAAAAAAUGGAGACCCUACACUGGAAGGAUACACCCAGGAGGGAUCGCCGAGCAUCUCUCCCAUCAGGGGUCAAGCUUCUGGAGAAUUCAAGUCCCCGCGGAGUGUUGGAUGUGGCAGUAGAAAUAGAGGAUGAUGAAGGUGAGGGUGACAGUGGCAGCAGCACAUCUACUGAAUUAUGUGACGAUGAUGAAGAGGACAAACUAAGUGACCUUGAUCCUGAUUCAACAACUGAGCCUCGCCCUGCCACCACCUCCCCACGCCUUGAGACUGUUAAAGAAGACAGCAGUGCACCCUCAGAGGUUGAGGUCACUGCUUCAACACAAGCAAAGAAAGAUCAAAACCUCAAACCAGUGUCUUACAUUUCCUCAACCUCAGAUAAGCAGGGACCAGAAGUGUGUAGUGACUCAACUUUAGGCACAAACAGUGUAGAAUCACAAACUAAGGACGUCAAUCAAAAUCAACCAAACACUCAGAAACUGAAAAAUGACCAACUCCAUUCAGAAAAUGAACUUUUGUUGAAAACCACCACAACAACAGAGACAACUAAAAGUGAUGAUACUCUCCAGGGUUCAUCUGUAAUGAAAGUGUCCAAGGAACAAGAAAAUGAGGCUCCUAUGUGGGACUUAAAAGCAGGAAUCCCUCUGGAGGAUCUUCUUGCCAGGAAAAAUUUAACAGCAGCUGAAAUUAUUGCUAGAAUACCAUUUCCAAGUGAUGUCAGUUUCAUGAAGAACUCUUCUGAACCAACUGCUAAAAAUAGUAGUGUUAUUUGCCCCAAAACUGAAAGAAGUUGCUCUCCUUCUAGUAGCUUGCACAAUGUUACACCUGAACGUUCACCAGUGGAUAGUCCUAUUUUUAGAAUACCUUCUCCAGAAGUGAUUCAUGAACCUUCUUUAACCACAAAGGCUUCUCCAUGCACCUCACCUUCCAAGUCACUUACUUUCUCCUCAUCACCAUCACCAAGAGACUCUCCCAUCAACAAGGCCCCCAAAUCACCUACCAGAUCCUCAACAGUGUCACCAAUAGAGACUGAGAGUCAUACAGGUUCUGUAAAGUGGUCACUUGCAGGAUUACCUCCAAUUUCCUCCUCUGACAUCAUGAUGGAGGUAUCUCUUAUUCCACCCAAGUCUCCAAAGAUCACAGUUGAAGAUGACAAAAGUAAUGUUUUUGAAAUAUAUGAGGGCUAUUCUGGAACAGUAACCUCUCUGAAAGAAUUUGAUGAAAUUACAGAAGAAAACCUUGAAGUGAUUGAUUUGCCAGAAGAAAAUGAAAUUAAGACACAUAUUCAUCCCUCACUCUCUAUGGAUCAGUUGAUUACUGUUAGUGAAGGUGAAAGUUGUGUGACUAAGAGUGAUCUCAAUCUUGAAGAAAGAAUUCGCGAAAUUUUUGGGCAGGUUACCAUCCAAGACGGAGAUUGUGAAAGUAUUGUAAAAUCUAAAGAAACAAUGAACAGAGAUACUGUGACUGAAAACAAUGAUGAGAUUUCCAUUUUCAAAUGCUCAACAAAUGAUAGUAUAGAGUUUCCAGAUUUUACUUUAUUAAAUAAUAAGUUGGAAGUAAAAAGUGAUGAAGAAUCUGAGCCAUUAACUCCAGAGGUGUCUGUACCAGAAUCAGGAUAUUUGUGCCUUAAUAAGACUGAUGAGCAGUUGACAUGUUUUUCAGCAGUGGGAAAUUUUGACCAAAAUAAAAUGUAUGAUGAACCUCUUGUAGAAACUAAAGCUGCUGCUGAUCCUUCAAUAGUAAAUGGAAAUGAACUAGCAUCAGACACAUUACCUACUGCUGAAUCACCAGUAGAAGAAAAUGAAUUAAUUUUAGAAACAUCUAAGUCGGAAUCUCCAGUUAAAAGUAUACUAACUACAAUUUCUGGUACUAGUUCUUGGCUUUCUGUUAUGUGCAUGAGUGUUUGCAAAGAUGUAAAUUUCUCACCAGCUGCAAGCUGCAGUAAAUCUAUAAUGACAAACACCAUCUGUGAGGAUCAAAAUAGGAUUGUUAGUAUGUCACCGGGUAUGGAAGUGUUACCUGUAUUUUCUUCAGUCUUUAACAUUACAAAUACUACACUCUCACCUGCACAAGUUGAGUCACAUUCUGAGCUGUCAGUGCCGAGCAAGAGGGAGUCUCCAGAGCUCACUGUUGGUGAAUCAGAGCUAAUCCUGGAGAAGGAGGGAAGCAGUAUUGAGCCACUAACUCUCAUUGGUUUAAGCACUGUGACUUGUGUAAGUCCUACAACACCUAGUGGGUCAUCCCCAAGGCUGCCAUCACUUUCACCUGUCCACCCAGAGGCAAGAAUAUCAGAAUUCAGCCAUGUGGGUUUUCAGAAUGAACUAUCAGAGUUUAGAAAGCAGCUGAAUACAAGUUUCAAAAUUUCUCCUGUGGAAAGAGAUGAUGUAGUGUCUUUACUUAUGGUUGACAAAGAAAAAUAUGGACAGAAUUUCAAAUUUGAUACGCCAGCUUCAAUAUCAAAUGAGGAACCCUCUUCACUAUUUUCAAGUGAAAAUUUUUCAUCCGUCAAACUUUCAGUAGUUGAUUCAGUUUCUUCACCAAAAAAUCAAACAGAUGGUGAGCCUAUAUCUUCCUCUUCACUUACGGAUGGAAUAUCCACACUAUGUUUUACAGUAGGUACUGUUUCUCCUCUUAAAACAACACCAACCACUGACACAACUGUAACAUUCUCCUUACUGACUAGCCAGGAUAUUUGCUGUUCUCUGGCUGGCUCUAAUCUGAGAGGUUCUCUUCCUUUAAAUCUGUUGUCUCAAGAAACUUUGGCAAAUGUUAUUAGUGAUGACAUCCCAGAUCUGGAAUCUUCUAAUAACCAAAUGAAAGUUACCUUGCAAGAAAAUUGUCAUGCAACAUUAAUAGAGGCAUGCACUGAAAUGACUGAAAUUAAAACUCCAUUGGAUGAUUUCACUGUAGAAAGAGUUCUUCCUCCAUUACCUACACUCGAGGAAAGAAUUUCAGCCAUUCUUGGAACUAGUACAAAAAGAUCACCAUCAGCAACAGUAUAUGAUAGUAAAACACCUGAGGAACCACAGACAAUGACUGAUAAAGGUGGAUUGUUCUUUAUCAGAUCACAGUCAGAUUUCUCAUGGCAACCAAAGACAUCUCAGCAUGUGGAAGAGGAGGAGGAGGAGGAGGAGGAGGAGGAGGAGGAAAGAAGAAAGAAACUGAGGUGGAGGAGGAGGAGGAGAAGAAAGAAAAGGAGGAGGAGGAGGAGAAAGAGAAGAAAGAAAAGGAAGAGAAGAAAGAAAAGGAGGAAGAGGAGAAAGAGAAGAAAAAAAAGGAGGAAGUGAAGGAAGAAGAGAAAGUGGAGGAAAAGAAAGAAGAGGAAGAGCACAUACAGGAGCACAAAGAUAGUGAUGUGAAAGAGUGGAGUGGAGAUGGUGAAUUGAAGAAAGAGAUAAAGAAAAAUGAGAAUGGUACCAAAGAAAAGAUGUGGGAGAGAAAAGCAGAGAAAGAAGAGAUCAGCACCAAUCAGUCCUCCACAAUACUUACUUGGGAAGAACAAGUCACUUACCCUGUUGGACCUCUAGAAAGGGACUCCUCAUUAUCAGCUUCUCUUGAAGGCAGACUUUCUCUUUUUACCACUAGUGAAUAUGAGGAAGGUGAGGUAUUUUGCAGUGAGAUUAGUGAAGGAAAAGAUGUUCAUUAUUCUGAAGAUAAUGAUAAUGAUGCUGAGACCGAGACAGAUUUCUUCAAUGGCAAAGAUCUGAGUUCUGAAGCAAUCCGACAGAGACUGUGGAGAGGUGUAAAAUCACUCAGUCUAGAUGCUGAUGUUUCAAUGGACCCUGAUGUUUUCUGUUUCCUCAUAGAGCAAAGCUCAAAACAUUGUAGGAAAAACAAAGAUGAAGACAGGAAAACAAUGCCAAAGAGAAGAAACAGUGAAGUAGCUCUUCAAGAGCUUGUUAAAGAAAACACAGAAAUUAUUGAAAGAAUAUUAAAGCAAAAAUCACUUGAAAGUGCCACAUUGGGGAAAAACUAUGCCCUACCAAAGACCACUGAUGGAGAAUCAGUAUCACCAAAGGAACCAGAAAAACAAUCUGGACUUUCUACCUUUAUCAAAUUACUGAGGGAGAAGAGUGAGCGUGAAUCAUGUAUUGACCCUGAAUCUCGCAGGACUUCACCCUCUGACAUGACACCCACCACCACUGAGCCCCAUGAUGGAGCUGCAAGCCCAGGUAGCAGCACCAAAGUCUUGGGAACAAAGUCCAACAAGCAGGUUUCUCCUCCAUAUAUGAAAAGCCUCUCAUCUGAGAAAAAAUCUAUCAGUAAGAAAGAUGAAAAUGUCACCAUAUUAAGUCCAACUCAACCAAUCACCUUUAAUCCUUUUCCAACUAGAAAUGUACCACGCCAACCCAAGGAAAUUACCGUAAAGUUAGGUCUUUACAGUCCCUCCAAGAAAACAACCACAUCAUCAUGAAAAUCAUAUUGUUUUAAUCAUAUCAUUAAAAACUAUAGUUUUUGCCAUGUAUAUAUGGAAAUAUUUGUAUACAAUUGUUCUUUAGGGCAGCAAAUUUUAACUCCACACUCAGAUACGAUAAAAUGACAGUGUAUCUAUUUCUAAACUAUGAAUAGUUUCAGUUAAAAAUUUCCAGGUGAUAGUAGAAUAUAAGUAUUGGAAUACUGGUUGGUACAGUGAAAAAUAUGAGUAUCAAAACUAUGAUGCUUUUGUGAAACAGUAUGGCUUUGUUGUCAGAACUAUCAUUGCAACAGAUAGAUUAACAGUGAUGGUAAUUAGCUUAAUUAAAUCAUAACAAUCCAUCAUGACAAGUGGUUGAAACAGAUGAGGAUCCACAUCUGGCAAAUUCACAAUCCUGAAACAAAACAGAUAUCAAUCUGGCUGGCAAGAGGGGAGUGAGUCUAGUUCCAACCAGCAGCCAACCAACAAUUGCCCAUUCUCCAUAUUCCCCCCACCCCAUACCUACCAACUUUAUUAAUAUUAUUAUUAUUAUUAUUGUUAUUAUUAUUAUUAUUAUUAUUAUUAUUAUUAUUAUUAUUAUUAUUAUUAUUAUUAUUAUUAUUAUUAUUAUUGUCAUCAUCAUCAUCAUCAUCAUCAUCAUUGUUAAUAUUAUUAUUAUUUUUAUUCCCAACCAACACCCAAUUCGGUCUCCUCAUACAUCUGUCAUUCUGGCAGACAUUCCAUGUCUAAUUCCAGCUAAUUACCUACGUAUUUUGUUUAGUUGCAGACCUGCACUGAUAGGUACAUGUGUCCGUGCCUGCCUACCAUCUAUAACCUGGCAGCUGCUUUGUAUGCCAGUUUCCCACAGAAAUUUUUAAUGGUGAUGUUAAGUUGUAACAUCUUAAAUUUUGUAUGAAUUUCUUUUAGUGAAUCUAUCUGAAUGCUUCCAUUAUGAUUUUAACCUUAUAAGGUUUUUAAGGAUAAAUCAGCUGGCAAAUUAUAGACCACUUGAGGUUGCUAUUAAGAAUGAUGAGGGAACAGAUGGAGGUUGAAGAGCAUUGAGAAAAAAAUAUUAAAAAAGAAUAGGCAUCAAUAUCUUGUGAAUAGAAUUAAUUUGAAGUUUGAAAACUGAAACAGAAACUAGUAUUGCACAUGUUAUACAAAAGAGGACUAAAUAAAACUGAGCUUGAAAAAAAUGUAUUCUGAUAUUAUGCUCACAGUAAAUGAAUAACAGAUCAAGGGAGUUCUGUAUUAUAAGUCUUAGGAUGUGAUAUGGCCUAAUUAUGUAGUAAAUAAGGGAUGAUGCAUAAAUAUAUAAACAGAAGGUCUGAAGACUGUUCAAAUAUAUAUUCAUAAAAUAAACAUUGAAAAGUU